GGGCAUCGUCCUUGUUUCGCCUGCCACUCCAUCGUUCUGAACGACGACCAUUUACCAGGCAUGGGUUUCCUCGAAAAGUUUAUGGCCCGUCACUUUGGGGGCAUCCCCAAGUCCUUCAGGGAUUUGGAGUGGAUUAUCCGAGUGAGACCCGAUCUUCCCCCAAUCAUGUGCAAGGCCGACGAGUACCGUACUACCAGCCCUGGCUCUCAACCGACAUACAAUCCUGCUACUGAGGAAAAGAUUUCCAAAAACUAUUAUUUCACCCGCGACACGAGACGUCAAUACCCUCAGACAGUUGUGUACAAGGCUGAGGAAUUUCAAGGGCUUUUGCCUGGUGGUGUAGAGGCCAAGAGUCUUCCCCUUGACACAACGACCCCACACGCUGUUAAAGGCACUCCAGCCUCCUCGGAAGCCGCAUAUACUCCCCAGAAUCUUCCACCAAUCAUCAACAAAAAAUACCAUUGGAAACCGUCCAUGCCACACCUCAAGCCCAACGAAGUGAACCCGCAGCUCUGCAUUCGCGGCGCCACGUAGAAGUACAUGCUGAUGGGAAAGUAGGGCCAUCUGCCUUCAUAGAAUUUGUACACUGGGUGGAUGUAUCUAUAGCUGACUGUUAAAUGGAAAGCACAUUGGUAGCGAGAACACGGACGUGCCUCAUUUGACCUACCCUUGUCAUAUUUGCUCCUUGUCCUAAUGGAACCGUAGAUCAGCAGAGCGAAUAUCGUAAUCUACCGACCAUUCGUAUUUUGUUGCACAUAACCUCAAAAUACAACUUGGCAAUCUAAUUAAACC